GCUCCGGGGCCGGCCUUCUUUUUGGAAUUGCUGGGGAGUCUGCCUGACCGGGUGCUGGUUGUGAAAUGCCUAGCGGCGAUUCCCACGUGGUGAUGUGGUGACUCUGGGGAGUCCGAUCUGGUCCUCCGUGACUUCCCGGGCCGGUGGGCCCGCUUCCUGCGGAGAUGCCGAAGGUCAAGAAGGGAGUGAGUGGCGGCCGCCGUGAGCGCCAGGAACAGCGCCGAGAGCUGAAGGGCGCAGGAGGACUCAUGUUCAACACGGGGAUUGGGCAGCAUAUUUUGAAAAAUCCUCUCAUCGUUAACAGCAUUAUCGACAAGGCUGCCUUGAGACCAACUGAUGUGGUGCUGGAAGUUGGACCUGGAACUGGAAACAUGACUGUAAAAUUGUUAGAAAAGGCAAAAAAGGUAAUUGCCUGUGAACUUGACCCAAGGCUAGUAGCUGAACUUCACAAAAGAGUUCAGGGCACGCCUCUGGCCAGCAAACUUCAAGUAAUGGUGGGUGAUGUGUUGAAAACAGAUUUGCCAUUCUUUGAUGCUUGUGUGGCUAAUUUGCCUUAUCAGAUUUCUUCUCCUUUUGUUUUCAAACUGUUGCUGCACCGACCUUUUUUCAGAUGUGCUAUACUUAUGUUUCAAAGAGAAUUUGCUCUCCGACUGGUUGCAAAACCUGGAGAUAAAUUAUACUGCAGACUUUCAAUUAAUACACAGCUGUUAGCACGUGUGGACCAUCUAAUGAAAGUUGGAAAGAAUAACUUCAGACCACCCCCCAAAGUGGAAUCUAGUGUUGUAAGGAUAGAACCUAAGAAUCCACCACCACCUAUCAAUUUUCAGGAAUGGGAUGGCCUCGUAAGGAUUACCUUUGUUAGGAAAAACAAGACAUUGUCUGCUGCAUUCAAAUCAACCGCAGUGCAACAGCUGUUGGAAAAAAACUAUAGAAUUCACUGUUCAGUCCAUAAUACUAUAAUACCAGAAGAUUUCAGCAUAGCAGAUAAAAUACAGCAAAUCCUAACCAGCACAGGUUUUAGUGACAAACGGGCUCGUUCCAUGGACAUAGAUGACUUUAUCAGACUGCUACAUGGAUUCAAUGCAGAAGGUAUCCAUUUUUCCUAGGCAUUUGGAAGAUAAAUUAUUCAAGGUCAAGAAAGGAAAUGAAUUCUAUAUUUUUCAUAUAUUUAAGAAGAUAACCUAUGCUUUUGCUCCACUGGGACAUAAUUUGCUUAACUAUUUUGAUUUAAUAUUGUUGUCACUGUUUUUUGCUCUGAAUUUUUAAGGUGGCAAGUUUUUUAGCUUUGGUUUCUAAUGUAUAACAUAGGGCAGGGUCCAAUUUAUACAUACUCUUCAAGAGCCGCAGAUACGCACAAUUUUUACACCUAAACUAACCAUUUCUAAUUGUUGUAAUAAAGAUGUUACAUUUCUGUUUACUGUGAGGCCCUCUAUAGGCCUUCAGCUCUGUUCAAGUAGUAAAAUAAUUAAAUGUGCUUAGUCACAUAGUUCCCAUUACCAUUUUCACAUGUUAUUCACAUGUACAGCAAAACAAUCAUUUCUUAAAAUGUUUUUACUUUGCUUCUCAUUCUUUUUGCUGUUUAUCCUAUACAGUUUCUUCCAUUAUUGCCAACCUCUUUAGCUAUCCUAUAGAAUCAUGGACUACAUUCG